UCCAUCAGCCUCUUCUCUCGCUCCACUUACUGGCCUUUAACAAGGGUUCUGUUGCGGGACUCUUUUCGGAAUAUGUACCAAUAACCCCCAACCGGAUAGGCCUGCUCAAAGCGAAACAACAGAAACACACUGGCCAAACUUUGAGGUGAACGUCCGGUGUUUUUGAAGCAGGAUUUUAAAACUAUCCACACGGAAAACAUGCGGAGAUGUCGAGAGGAGUACAAUUGCCGAUAGGAUCCCAAAGUUGGGACUUUUAUGUCAGGGAAUGAGAGGUUAAAAAACUUGCAGAUUUUUAUUGCUGAUAUCUGACCAUUACAUCGCUGUGCCAAACAUUGCACCCCAUCUUCUCUUGCACCCCAUCCCACACCUAAAAAACCAUCAUGACGACCUCUUCGUUACGGAGGCAGGUCAAAAACAUUGUAAAUAACUACACAGAUGCUGAAAUCAAGGUCAGAGAGGCCACUUCCAAUGACCCCUGGGGUCCUCCUUCCUCACUCAUGAUGGAAAUCUCUGACCUGACCUUCAACGUGGUGGCUUUCACCGAGGUCAUGGGCAUCAUCUGGAAGAGACUCAAUGACCAUGGCAAGAACUGGCGGCACGUGUACAAGGCGCUAAACCUGCUGGAAUAUCUGAUCAAGACUGGGUCAGAGAGAGUGGCCCAGCAAUGCAAGGAGAACAUCUACGCCAUCCAGACCCUGCGGGACUUUCAGUACAUUGACCGGGAUGGACAGGAUCAGGGCAUGAGUGUGCGGGAGAAGUCCAAGCAGCUGGUGGCUCUGCUGAGGGACGACGAGCGGCUCAAGCAGGAGAGAUCGCAGGCACACAAGACCCGUGAGCGUGUAACCGGGAGCACCAGUGCCAUGGGUUAUGGGUCUUUACCGCCACCCUAUCCGGGACGCCACCCUAGUCAGCCCAGCAUGCAAGCAGUUCAUGGGGAAGAGUUCGCCAGGCCUAGGGACUCACCAUCCUCCUUCAACUCCUCGUCUUCCUCCCCUCAUCUGGCCCCAGAUCUGGAGCGGGCCCGUCCUCAGACCAGUGGAGAGGAGGAACUUCAGCUGCAGCUCGCCCUGGCCAUGAGCCGAGAGGAGAAUGAGAAGACCCAUGGUUCUCUUCUCCCCCAGCCGACUCCAGCUGUGGAUAUUGAUGAACAGACGCAGCUUCAGAUUGCUAUGAGUCUCAGUAAGGAGGAGACACAUAAGCCUGUUCCUCCUCCUCCUCCCCCUCCUCCUCCUGAGGUUCUGGAGAUGGAUGAAGAGGCACAGCUUCAGCUCGCCCUCACUCUCAGUAAAGAGGAACAUCAGCAGGAGGAGAGAAGCCGCCGGGGGGAUGAGUCUCUGCUCCAGAAAGCACUUGAGGAGAGCAAACGAGAAAUGGAAGCCAAAGGAGGAUCUGCCAUGCUGGAUCUUGCAGAUAUUUUCACUUCGGCUCCUGAAUUGCCCUCUGCUGCCAGUGCUUGGGAUUCAUCUGGAGGCCAAGGUGCUUUAGCGCAGGCUGGUCCUCUGCGGUCUGACCCAUGGGAUAGUUUGGAGCCCACCUCUUCAAUCCGUCGGCAUGGAAGCUCAUGGAUUGCACCACCUGCAUCAAGUGAAUAUUCCCAACCCUGGGCACAUCGACAGCAAACUUCUGAUCCAUGGGACGCCCCUCAGAAUGCCUCCAGCUCUGUGUCUACAAAUCACACCUGGAUCUCCCCUAAACAUGGGGCUGGAGUGGAUCCCUUUUCUCCCCCCAUAGUGGACAGGCGAGGAUCUAUUGGCCCUCUCAAAACUACACCCCCUCGUGCAGGAAGUCCCUCAGAUGAUGAUCUUUUUGAUGAGGCUAUGGAUGGAGGUCAGGCAAAUGUGAAUGGCCACGGUUGUCCUGAGCCUUUCAAUUUGUCUUCCCUUGGCGAAGGUCUACCAAAACCAGCUCCUCGAACCUGCAGUACUCCUGAGGCGUUUCUGGGUCCAUCUGGAGCUUCACUUGUCAACUUGGAAUCUCUGAUACCCCCCAAUCCUACUACCAAGAACUUCAACCCAUUUUUAUCAGGAGUGCCUGCUCCGACAACCUCUAAUCCAUUCCAAAAUGAAGCACCUCGUCUGACGCUUAAUCAGAUGCGUCCCAGCUCCACGUCUCCUGCACCCUCAUCCCUCCCAUUCAAUGCGUCUCUGGCCAUGGCAUCCAGCCAGCAGCCCAGCUCUUUGCCCAACACCUUCACACAGUCUUCACAGGUGAUGCCGCUGAUCCCUGGACCCCUACCGCAACCACUGCUACCACUGUCCAGCAAAACCAUGCUUGCAGAUCCAGAUACACACAAUCAGAACCCGUUCCUAUGAAGGACCACAUCCAAACAAGGACUGUUUAAUUACCAAAAGACUUAAAACUGGAACAUGUUUUUAAUGGCUUUGCUCCUUUCACAGCCUACAGAUUUUGCUCUAUGCAGUCGCUCUCAAGAGGCAUUCACACAUACAUUUUUUUAAUUUUCAAAUAUACUUAUUUUUUAUAACAACGACCACUGGUAAUGCUUUGUGGUUGUUGCAUGUGGUUAAUUUGAAUUUUAUAUAAAUGAUCAGUUAUGCAACGCACACAUGCACAGUAGCGAACACAUGAUCCAUCGUUUGCGAUAAACAAACUAGCAUGUUCACAUGUAUAGUUGGCCUAAAAAAAACAUCAACAUGGGGUACACAAGUGAAAAAGCCAACAGCUACACGUUACGUUAGAGCUGUGGCAAAAAUAAUAAUGCAAGAAAUCUAGCUUAGUUUAAACCAGCUGAUGGUGCUUUAGGCCAGUGUUUCUCAACCACGUUUCUGGAGGACCACCAACAAUGCAUGUUUGUUUGUCACACUCAUUACAGGUCUUUCAGUCAAUGCUAAUGAGCUUAUGAUCAGAAUCACAUGUGUUUGGUUAAAGAGACAUGGAAAAUGUGCAGUGUUUCUCAACAAUGUUCUUGGAGGACCACCAGCUUUGCACAUUCACUGUCUCCUUAACCAAACACACCUGAUUCUGAUCAUAAGCUCAUAAGCAGAGACUGAAAGACCUGUAACGAGUGUGAAAAACAAAGGAGACAUUCAAAACAUGCAGUGUUGGUGGUUCUCCAGAAAUGUGGUUGAGAAACAUUUCUCUAGGCUUGUUUUUAACAGCAGAUAGCAUUCUCGGUUUGUUUUUAACAGCAGAUGGUGCCCUAGGCCAGUGUUUCUCAACCAUGUUCCUGGAGAACCACCAACACUGCAUGUUUUGAAUGUCUCCUUUGUUUUUCACACUCAUUACAGGUCUUUCAGUCUCUGCUUAUGAGCUUAUGAUCAGAAUCAGGUGUGUUUGGUUAAGGAGACAGUGAAUGUGCAAAGCUGGUGGUCCUCCAAGAACAUUGUUGAGAAACACUGCUCUAGGCUUGUUUUUAACAGCAGAUGGCGAUCUAGGCUUGUUUUCAACAGCAGAUGGUGCUCUAGGCUAUUUUACUUAACUGCAGAUGGUGCUCUAGGCUAGUUUUUAACCAUACACUCAAAUAAUCAAGAGGAAGAGCUCGGAAUCAUGUAAAUUGUUUUUUAUAUCUUAAAAGGAAUGCAACAACAGCUUACUGUGAACACACUUGUAAUUUGUGUAAACAUUUCCUAAGCUUAUUAAUAAUUAAUUUAGGUUUAAGCAAUAUGCGUGAGGAAUUGGAUCCCUCUGCUGUUAAAAAUAAGACUCUGAAGCAAUUUUGAAAUUCUUAGAAUCAAUGCUGUAUGGCACAUACAUUCUGCAUUCGUAAGAGAUGAAAUCAAUCUCUACACCAGCAGGUGGCAGUAAUCUGUAUUAGACAUUCAUAACAGAAAACUGGAAGAGCUUCAACUGCAGGAACACACUUGAAAAUAGCAAGGUGAAAGUGCUGAAAGAAGUUCACAAAUAUCUAAAAAGUAAAGUGGAACAUAGCCGAUGUUUGCUCUCUUGAUUUGGUUGUUUAUUUGCUUUUUUCCACCCUUACAUUAUUCUUCUUUUGCUUAAAUGAAAUGUUGUAAACUUGUUUAGUCAGUUUAAAAACCACAAAUGUUGGGGACAAAACAGCUUCAUAGUAAUAAAUAGAAAAAAAUAACAGCGCAAAAUGGGCUCUACGCACAGGGUGUGCCCAAACCCGCCAAGAAAACUUAGGCCCAAUCUCAAUUCUACCCCAUAGCCCUUCCUCUUACCCCUUGUCCCAAUUCUCUUUAGCUUGAAGGCGUAAUGCUAAGGGGAAGGGGUAGAUAGCCCUUCAAACUAAGAUUUUUCAGGACCACACUCGAAACCAAGGGGUAAGAAAAUUUCCCAGAAUACACCAGUCACAACAGCAGGAUCGCUGAACCUGAAAGGAGAUCCAAAAAUUACUAUUUUUUUGUCAUUACAAAUUUUUACAACAAACAAACAUGCGUUUUAAUAUAUUAAUAACCGCGUUCGUGUUUUACCGUCAUGCUUUUUAAAAAAAUCAAAAACGCAAAAUUUUGUUUUCUAUAAUCCCUUAUAAUAACUUCUGUACAGCAGUCCCACAACCUUCUGACACUCGAAUACCCUGUCAGAAAAGUCUAGUGGCUGUGAAUGAGCAUUUUACAGUGUCUGCUAUUAUGUUAAUGUUGUUUUUGGUAUGUUUACAUAGAUGAAUAUGGCCACUGUGUAUAUGUGCAGUAUAGUUACGAUCUUACUGCCACAUUAGAUAGUUAUGAUAACAUAAUAUAUGCCUUGUGAUUUCUUGCAGAUAAAUAUAAAAAAAAAAAAACAAC